GGCAGCAGCAACAGCAGCAAGUAGUUACCUGUAACAAAUCAGGCGAAUACUUCAGUGCAAAUGCGCAUGCGCGCAUGAACGGUUCAUAUUUUAUUAGUUGAGAGUUUCAAAUACAAAAUAAUCGAAAAUUUUGCGAGAAAUUAUUGCAAGAAAAUAUUAAUAAUUGUGAAAAGUAUAUAAUUUUUUAAAAAAUAUAAAGAAUUUUUGUUAAAAAAUAUCAAACAAAAAAACACCAAGAAAUGUUUUAAAAACCAAAAAUUUUUAACUAAAAAUUAAAGUGUUUUUUUUUCUUUUAUUCAAACAAGAAAAUUACUAAUAUUUAAAAGUGUCCAACUAACAACUUAAUUUGGUGUUGUGAAAUUUAUUAUUUUCUUUGCUGACAAUUAUUUGAGUGGAUUAUAUUUCUAACAAAAUGAUUUCUCGACAUCGAAAAUGUAGGUUUAUUACUCUGACACUACUCGUUUCGCUACUCUGCUUACCUCACACUGCGCUUAGUUUGGCACCCGCACCAGUAGAUUAUUUAGUGCCACCACCACUGCCACAAGGCAAUGCAGCUUCACAUGUAAAACAAUCACGAACACAAAAUAUACUGCCCGCAGAAAGUAGAACAAUACCAAAGUUUAUUAAUGCACAGUUGCCAGCGAAACCCAAGGAUAAACAUCCUGGUUUAAUGACAAGAGUUGCCAGAUGGUUUGGUUUUGCCAAUCAAAAUUCAGCAGCAACGGAUCAACAGUUGGCUGCCGGAACAAAUAAACAACAAUUUUAUUAUUAUCAAAAACCUCAGCAGCAACAACAAUAUGGUUCGGGUGAUAAGGAGCCGUGUAAUUUAUGUAAUAAAUAUCCCUGGGUACCCAUGAUGGCAAAUAGUAUACAUUAUCCGGCCACGGGCAACCAAUGGGAUGCUGCUAAACAAACUCAACAGCUGCAAUAUCAGGGGAAUAAUAAUCCCACACACAAUCUUUAUAAUGCUAAUGGUGGUCAACAGCCUCAGAAUUUGCAGAAUUCAUAUGGUGCAAUAGCCGGCCAAAAUGCACCUCAUAUACAACAUGCUGCCUCGAGUGUCAAACAAAGAGCUGUCAAAUUUAAUUUCCCUCUUCCCUAUGUACCUCAAAACAACAAUAAAGCCCCAGAUGCUCCCAAUAACAUACAAUAUUCUUCUGGACCUUUCCUUCCCAUACCUAUACCUCCCUUUUUAAGUAAUUCCGCCUUACCACCUUUGUAUAAUGCCCAAAACUUCCUACCGGUCGUUACUCCCGCUCCCAACACUAUACAACAAUUACCCUCCACGGAACCGGCCCAUUUUGCCGAAAAUAUAGCAGAACAUUCAGAAAUACAUAUCGACACUGCAAUACCUACUCAAAUACCUCCCACAAUUCCAGAUAAAGAUGCCAGUUUUGAGAUAGUUAAAAGCCAUCAAUUGGUGGAUUAUAUAUCUUCAGUGGAGUACCCUGCUUCCUAUGUUCCUUCUCAUGCUUAUGAUGUCAGUACCCAGGCAGCACCUCAAUCUUUAAAUAACCAGCAAACGGAUAACAAAAUAAAUACAGGACUUUAUCAACAUUCUACUUUUAGUCCAAAUUUAGAUCAACAUGUGCCAGCCUCCCAAAUUUUAACGGAUCCUAGUAGCUUUAUACAAGGUCAACAACAACAGUCUAACCAACAAUCUGAACAAACCACAUUCAUUAAUCAGCAGCCUCAAUAUUUAGAACAAGUACAACAACAACAGUCUAACCAACAAUCUGAACAAAGUACAUUCAUUAAUCAGCAGCCUCAAUAUUUGGAACAAGUACAGCAUUAUGAAUAUGACAAUUUUGUGGCCGCCUCACAUCAAAAUUCCUCGGUAAUUCACCAGCAACAACAGCAGCAUGAGCAACAACAACAACAUCAGCAUGAGCAACAGCAACAUAAUACACAUUUAGACGCUUGGACCUUGGAAUCGAAUGAUUAUAUAUUUUCAACCUCAUCCCCAGAAGCAUUCUCUACCACUGAAGAAACUUCCACCUUUACUACCGAAUGGGAAAGCACCACAGAACAACAAACACAAGACAAUGAAGUAGAGUUCAUAGCUUCUAUACAAACCAAUGCCCAGCAGUCAACAAAACUGUGGCCCCAAAAACCCAAACAAAGAGAAACUCCCAAACGUUUAUUGGACUCUCCCAUACAACAUAUUAAUGGAAAUUUGGGGGUACCAAGGCCAUUUACCAGAGAUCCUUCUGAUUUGACAUUUAGACUGGGACCCACAAAUCAUAAAUUGCACGAGACCAGCAAAACUACCACCUCACAACAAUACUGGAAACCCCAAACUCCAGUAACAGAAACUCCAAUUUCCACCUCCACCUUCAGUUCCAUAGAUGCCAGUGGUCAAUAUGCCGGCAUGGCACCACCCUCACUACCCUCCACCUAUAACAGUGAUCAAAUGUUAUUGCCCUAUUUAACCACCAAAAACAGACCAAGACCAUUCGAAACUACCAAGGUUAAUAUGGUAACAAAAACACCUUCCACGGCUGCUUACUCUACCUGGAGUCAAGCUCAAAAUAUAGAGCUACACACACCUCAGGAAUCAAUGCUAGUGAACUCUCAUGUAAAACCAGCCCCUACCACCACUACAACUACUGCUAAGCCACGUACCACAAAAUAUCUAACCAAAAUUUUGGCUUCCAAUCUUAGGGAACUUUUGCAGCGUGAACAUGAACCCACUAAUGCCAUGUUGAAAGUGGGACCAAAUGCUUUAGAUAUCGAUAUUAAUAAACUACAAAAGAAUAUAGAUGAUUGGACAGAACAAGAAUAUACCUCUUUGUCACAUAAACCUAGUACACCCACCAUACGUGGACGAUCCAAACAUAUACCCUCCGAAUAUUUACCCCCCACCACGUCGGCAGUAAAGGCGGGUCGCCAAUCUAAGACCACAAAAGGUUUCACAGACAAUUCAGAACUACCUAGUUCCAUUAAUAAUUUAGAACCUUUAUACGAAAGAGAAAGUACAAAACGUUUUCAAUACACCCAAAUAACCGAUAAUCAUUUAAGAGAUUUCUAUAACAAUUUUGAGGCUCUGAAAUCGAGAACAACACCAGUUGCAACCACUACCACAACUAUGGCUCCUACUACAACUACUACUAAAGCAACAACAACAACUACCACCACAACAGAGAAACCUUUAUAUUUAAGACCUAUACAAAUGUUAGAACCUGAAGAACUUUGGAAAAAGGCCAAAGUUUCGAUAUCACCUAAAACACAGGAAAAAGUCUAUGUGGUAACACCUCAGCCUAGAUUUUUCCCUCAACGUUUUUAUUCGCCAACAGUGGCGCCAACCACUACUACAACAACAACAACCACUGAAAGAUCAUUUAUAAGUUUAGGCAGUGGUUUUAAAUCGCCAAGAUUUUUAGUGAGACCAACACCAGGAAAUGCUCAUAAACUUUCAAAAAUUUCAGAUACCCAAUCGAAAGAAAAUUCCAAGGAAAAUCUAAGUAAUUCAUAUUUUACGCCUGAGUGGUUUGGUUUAAAGGGGCUAUCAGCGUAUGUACCAUCACAACCGGUGGAAAUUAUAGAUGGAAAUUCUAAAGUCUUAAACAUUGUAACACCGCCUAGUAAUUUGGAAACUACUACGCGCCAUAGUAUAAUGGAUCUAACCAAAGAUCGUCAUGCCUCCGCCAACAAGAGAAAAUCAACAAUGGCUCCAUCGCCUAGAUAAAAAAUAAAGUCCUUGAUAAUUACUUUUUACCCUUUUUUCAUAUCCAUUGUAUUAUAAAUCAUCUUGUAAGAAAUUUACAUAUUUUCACUUUUAAAAAACUAUUUUCAAUAUUUAAUUUUCAAACGGAUUUAAGUAUCAUUAGCCAAUAUAAAUAAAUACUUAUUGUAUGUAUGUAUUUAUUAUGCAAAAAAGAGAAAAUGUUAAAUCUUUUAUUUAAGAUUUAAACAUUUUAUUUUCU